CUUCGGAUGAAGAUGCUAUCCAGCUAGUUAAAUUAAUAAGAUGUUGUUGGUCCGAAGUGAUGCACAUAGUCGUUUUGUUUCCCCUUUAAUAUACUUAGAUAGGUAUCUGAGGUGCGUGAACUCGUGUAUCAUACAAUUUUGUCUUACAUUCUUUAUCUCGCGCCGUUGUCUCAUUACAGCUCAGCACCCACUAUGCCCACUAUAUCUGGCACCGUUAUACUUACUGGUGCUAAUAGCUCAGCGGGUCUCCACGCCGUUGACCACCUUCUCAAAACAUAUCCGCAGCAUACUGCUGUUUUCACCGUCAGAAGUGCUGCCAACACCGAUGUCAAUACCAACAGCCUACGUGAUAUCAUAGCUCGGUAUCCCAAAGCAAAAGCAUAUAUUUACGAGCUUGAUCUAGCCGACCUUACUGCCGUUCAUGCAUUUGCUACCACCAUCUCGGGGCAGAUCACUAGUGGAUCUUUACCCGCCAUCAAGUCGAUCAUCUGCAAUGCGUUUUACUGGAAUCUUGUCGCCGAUCCCGAACUCACCGUCGACGGAUAUGAUAAGACUUUACAAGUCGGGCACAUCGCUCAUGUAGCACUAGUCUUACGCCUUCUCGAACAUUUCAGUCCCGAUGGCGGCCGUAUUGAGCUCCUGUCGAGUAUCUCGCAUUAUCGUAAAAAGAGCCCGAUGACGCCAUAUCUUCCCGAAAUUCCUGAUAACAUCGACCUCCUGAUACAUCCACCCGCGGACCGCGAUAAGCAAGGUAGAGGGGCCCAGAGAUAUGCCAUUUUGAAAUUGGUCAUUACCACUUGGAUGUAUCCACUCAACGAAUAUCUACAAAAGGACCCCAAGUUCUCCAAGAUCACCGUCGUGGCCAUAAAUCCCGGAAACCUUGGCGACUCCCGCGCUUUUCGAACCAAUGUCCCACUUUCCAUUAAAAUCAUACAGAAAAUCGUAAUACAGAAAAUCGUAUUCAAACCAUUAAUGCCUUUGAUUCAACGCUUUGCCGACCCGACGUUCCGCACGUCGCGCGAGGCUGGCGUUGAUAUCAUAGAGCUGGGUGUUGCUAAGGCCGAAGACGGAGAACGAGGCUAUUAUACGCUCCUCAAGAAAGACGACCCUGAUCCCGCGGUGCUGGAUAAGGAGAGGCAGCGCAUUAUAUGGGAGAAGAGCGCCGAGUGGGCUAAAAUUAACAAGGACAAUACCGCACUUAAAGUCGCGUUUGAAUAGUCUGAACCUAAAAGAUCUAACCUAGAUACUUGUAUUUCGUAAGGGGUAAGGCGAUAUUGUUAGGUAGUUGAUGGUAAACUAAUACUUAGGUAGGUGGGGUGAAUCUGUGUUGGUAGCAUGGUGAGGAUUUACUCCAAGGUAACAUUCUUUUGGAGCUAGUAUUAAGAUGACGUCGUUACUCAUGGAAAGAAAAUAAACCAUUCAUACAUAGAGUCAUCGUAACUUUUAUGAACGUAGCGGUUAAACCCAUACAAAUCGCUAACAUCUACUAAGCUGUCAAACCCUUUACUUAUCUGAUGGGCGAAGUUGUAAUUGCCGACA